AGUCAAUUACCUUUAUCUCAACUCAUUCAUCUUCCUGAUACCAUUCCUCAAAGCUGCUUGAAUUUACUGACUUGCCAUUAUGGAUCCCAAAUCCGGAAGCAAUCUUUCUUUCAUCCUCAACAAACCCCAUGAUGUCCAAUUCGCAGAUAAACCCGUCCCGUCCCUACAUAGUCCCUAUGAUGUCCUUGUUACUAUAAAUUAUACCGGAAUCUGUGGUUCUGAUGUCCACUAUUGGGAGCACGGCGCCAUUGGCCACUUUGUCGUCAAAGACCCCAUGGUUUUGGGCCACGAGUCCUCCGGUACCGUCACCCAAGUUGGCUCCGAGGUGAAGUCGUUGAAGGCGGGUGAUCGUAUUGCUAUAGAACCCGGCUACCCUUGCCGACGAUGCCGGUAUUGCCUGGGCGGCAGAUACAACCUCUGCCCCGAGAUGCGUUUCGCUGCAACUCCUCCUUACGACGGGACGCUGACGGGUUUCUGGGUCGCCCCGGCCGAUUUCUGUUACAAGCUACCUGACAACGUCUCUCUACAAGAAGGUGCUCUGAUAGAGCCUCUCGCCGUAGCCGUUCACAUCGUCCGGCAAGCAGUCGUAACCCCGGGCCAAUCGGUCAUCGUCAUGGGCGCCGGUCCCGUCGGUCUCCUCUGCGCCGCGGUAGCCCGGGCAUUCGGAGCGACCAAAGUAGUCUCGGUCGACAUCGUCGAAUCGAAGCUCGCCUUCGCCAAGUCCUUCUACUCGACGCACACGUACCUCAGCCAGCGGGUGUCGGCGGAGCAAAACGCCGCGAACAUCCGGAAGGAGGCGGACCUCCCCGACGGCGCGGACGUGGUCAUCGACGCGAGCGGCGCCGAGCCGAGCAUCCAGACGAGCCUGCACGCGGUGCGCGUGGGCGGCACCUACGUCCAGGGUGGCAUGGGCAAGUCGGACAUCACGUUUCCCAUCAUGGCCAUGUGCAUCAAGGAGGUGACCGCCAAGGGCAGCUUCCGCUACGGGUGCGGCGACUACAGCCUCGCCAUCGAGCUCGUCGCCACCGGCAAGGUGGACGUCAAGAGGCUCAUCAGCGCCGUCGUCCCCUUCAAGGAGGCCGAGGACGCCUUCAAGAAGGUCAAGCAGGGCGAGGUCAUCAAGAUCCUCAUCGCCGGCCCUAACGAGAAGCUCGAGUAGGCCGCCGCCGCCGCUGCUGCUGCUGCUAAGGCUUAGAGAGGUUCUGACGAAAAAAAAAAAAGUGUUUUCGGUGGUUUUCUCGGUGUUGGUUAGAUGGAGGGGGGGAUGGGAGGCGCGGUGUGAUGAUGCGAAUGAUAGUUGCGUUUCU